GUGACUACACAUUCAACACCCUCAUACUACUCAUAAUACAUAGAUAAUCAGGCCAGCGGAGAUGAAAAAAAUCAUUACUGCAUUCUUUUGCGGAUUCACGAUGAAGAACAAAAACAUUUUGUUUUUUCAUUUCCAAUCCAACAUUAGUGACACCAAAACAUACUUUCAUUCCCUAUAUGGUUAUCAGUAACUUUGUCCCUCUCUCACCUUGCAACUGGACCUUCUUCGCCGUCCUCAAAAAUCUUUUCUGUGAGUCGUCAUAUGUUUUGCUAUCUAGUGAAUGAAAAUAAGGCUUCAAAAUAACGGAAAUACUCCUUAUUUCUCUCCUUCAAUUACACUACAUUAAUCAUCCCGUUUUCCGCAUGGAAAUGGUUGCUAACAUAUAUCGCACAUGGCAGAUUUCAUAUAUUUUAAAUGCACGUGGAUAAAAAAGUAUGUUCGUGAUAUAUUACGUGGAAGCAAAAGCGGCCGUCUCCCUCACGUAGGGUUUGAAGAACUGCGCACGUAAGGUGCGAUUUACACUGGUAAAGGAGGCGGAGAGACAACCAUUCUUCGCAUCUCCCCUGUCGAAAUUGAUUUCUAUUCCCAUCCAGCGCAUCUCGGGGGUAAAGCGAGGCUGCAUAGCAGACGUUCCCUUCUUCUCUGGAUCGCUCAGAACUCACGCAACCAUUUGGGAUGGAGGACAUCACAGAUAAAUACAACCAUAUGGGCUUAGGGGGAGAUUAGGACGAGCUUGUUUUUGACGAGAGUCAACAGGCGUCGGAGAGACAUCGCUGCGCCACACUACGUUUCCAGUCGUGGGUACCCUCCUCACAGACAAAAUGGUGAAAUUCCCGGUGUUUAGGGAUCUUAUGGCUUCUCUAUGGCAUCAUGGGAAAGGGAUCUCCAUCAAAGAAAUUGGGGAAAAGAGGUAUAUGUUCACUUUUUAUCAUGUAAUUGAUAUGGAACGGGUGCUUGGAAGUGGCCCUUGGCUCUUUGAACAGAACCUGCUAGUGCUGAAGGAAUUAAAGCCGGGAGACAUCCCUCUUCGAGUUCCCCUAAAUGAGGCUGAGUUUUGGGUGAAGGUACAUAACGUACCUUAUGAUUUUAUGAAUUUAGGUGUGGCCAGAAGAGUUGGCAAUUUUGUUGGCAAAUUCAUCAGUUUUGACGAAAGUCAAUUUGAGGAGAGAUGGAACUCAUACAUGAGAAUUAGGGUUUGUAUGGACAUAUGGAAAGCUCUCAAAAGGGGUAUGAUAAGCACUAGCUGUUAGUGCCUAAGUAUACAUUUUUAUUAUUGUUUGGAGUGUUUAUUUACUAGUUUUGUGCAAGUUUUUAGUUGUGAGUUUGCAUUUGAUUGUAAUCAUAUUUCUAGCAUUUUAUUGUUUGUUGUAAGUUGUAGUUAAUUUGGUUUUAAGUUUAGGAUAGGUUUGGAAGCAAAAAGGAUGAAGAAACAUGAGUUUUGUGCAAAACCCGGUCGGGUAUGGAUUUUACCCGGCCGGGUAUGAAGUGACAAAGGAAACUGCUGCAAACUAGCAAAUACCCGGUCGGGUAUACCAUAUACCCGGUCGGGUAUUCUAUGAUUUCAGACCAAAAGACGUGCAGAAGACACAAAAACAUGGGAAAAUAUUUGAUUAGGUAAAUACCCGGUCGGGUAUGUCAAAAUACCCGGCCGGGUAUCCGGCAUUAGGUGUUGAAAACACCUAUAAAUAGCCCCAUUUUUCUGCAUAUUUCAUCAUCCCUUCUUCCAAUCUCUUUAGCUAAGCUUAGAAUAGCAUUUCUUUAUAUUUUUCUAGCUAUGUUUAGCCUCCAAAUGAGGAGCUAAACUUUCAUUCUUGGUUUUGCUCUUGAAGCUUGUUGAUUAUUAAAGUUGUG